AUGGAAGCCAAGGAAGCAAGGCACAAAGAAACUAUUGAAGGACUGAUGAACAAAAUUGAGGAAAUGCAAAAUGCGCAUACGGGGCAAAUCCAACAGUUAACUACCAGACUGAGUGAGGCAUUGGAAAUGUGCAGAACUGAGAGAGAACAAGUUCGAAUGUUGGAAAAUGAGGCUGAAACAAGAGAGAGUGAACUAUUAGAGUACAAAGAAAAGUGUGAAGAGGUCGUCGCAGAAAAUGCGAAGCUCCGAGAAAAUCUAUCUCGGUGUGGCGUGAAAAAGACUAACUGGGGGAAAGUCAUUUGUCUUGCUAUUUUCGGGGGUGUGAUCGGAUUGUUUCUGGACGGUGUAGUUGGAUUGGCCAUUGGAGCUGUUUACGGAGGUAGAGCUGGCUAUAUUAGCGAUUCCAAAUUUUGA